CACAUCCAACUAUGUGCCUCAUUCAACUCCUGCUGCACAGGUUGUGAGGGAGGAGAGAGAGCAGGAGAGGCAACUGCAAGAGAGAGGGAUAGGUAGAAAGAUAGAUAGAAGACAGGUGGUGAAAGAAAAGAGAAGAUCUGCUAACUUUCAUGUAUUCUCCAAGAGAAGAGGAAGUAGUCAGGGUGUGAAGGAGUGAGGCAGGAGAAGAACAAGAAGUUUUCAGGAGUGGGAAUACCCAGCAGUGGGAGCUUUCUCCAGGGAGGUUUGUAGUGUGAUCUUCAGCAGCGACCCCCUUGUCUCCACUGGGAGUCAGACCCCCAGGGAUCCAGAGCCAUGGAGCCGACCGAGAUCGACGGGGAGCACAAGGAGAGGAAGAAGAUCCACUUUGCCGUGCCAUCCUCUGCGCCCACCAACCUGGACCCUCGGCAAGUGGAGAUGAUCCGGCGCAGGAGGCCCACACCCGCCACGCUGUUUAGAGUAGCCGACCAAUCGUCUCCCGAGGACGAUCAGUCCACUCAUCAGGUAAAGUGGGUUGUAGGAGAGAACGGAGUGCUCAAACCAAAACGAGUAAAUCCAAACGUGUAUCAGCCUCCAUCACUCAAAGCUGUGCAGAAGAUGGCUGAGGCACAAAUGCAGAAACUAGGUGUCUACCCUCCUUUGGAAGACCCUUGUGAAGGGGAGGAGGAUGACGACCACUGGGAGAGAGAGGACACGUCUCCCACCAAAGCUGCUGAUCACCAAGAGACGGCGACCACCGGGCAGUCAGACAAGUUCUUCAGUGUGAGAGAGACGGCCAAGCAGAUCCAAGCAGCACAGGAGGAGGAAGAAGAGGAGGAGGAGGAGGAGGAGGAAGAGAAGGAGGGCGACCAAACUGAGGCGACAACAGUGGAGAAAAGUCGAGGGAGUAACUGAGAGCGAGAAAGAGAAAAAGGAGGGAAGUGGAGAUUUGGGGAGAGAAAGAAGUGGUUGUUGUCUGUUUGAACAUGUGGCGUCUGAAAAUUGAGGACGUGGGCAAACAAAGAUUUCUGUAUGUUCUCCACUGGCACAGGGUCAGAUGGAUUAAAGGGAGCACAGAGAGAGCAGGUGUCACAUAUGAGCAGGUGAGGAAUGAUCUUCUGACAGAGCAGACCACAGACGCCACGUCGGCCCAACGUCCUUUUGUUUAGAAUGAGAGUAGAGGGGCCAAGGUCGACCAAACCUUCCCUAGAACCAGACCUGUCUCCUCCUCAAGGCUCCGAGCUCAAUAAUAAUAAUAAAUAGGAUAAACAAAGGCUGUCUGACCAAUUCAAAAGCUCUUGAAGGUCUUUAAAUGAACUACCACUUCAUUUUAAACAUUCCCAAUAACCCUUUGAUUACAAUGUGCCUGCACUGCCACCCUGUGGUAGGAAGCAGGACUGGCAACCUUAAAGUGGAGAUCGAGCCAAAAACAACGUUCACAAAACUACUUAAAGUUUUAAUCCUUUGUGUUUUCACCUCGUUCUUGCAAUAAAAUUGUCUAUUUGUCCACAACUGCUACACAGGAAAUGACGCAGUUUGUAAUCCAGCUGUUUUUCUCAUCAAUAUCAUCUUCACUGUCUUCUCACGCUCCUAACAUUAUAUCAGAGACACCGAAUCAGUGAGGAAUGAGAUAUUACAGAUUAUAGACUUUAAUGUUUGGCCGCUGGAAGUUUUAUUCAUUAAAGCCUAAAAAAGUAUAAAAGGCCUCAAGCCAUUUCUCAUGAUCUAUUUCUGCACUGAAAAAAGAAAAUAUUUUACCAAUUUAUAAGUGAUUACUUGAAUUGGUAACACACAAAUGAAUUAAGUUUUGUCAUAUUAAAAUUAAAUUAAAAAAUUAAAAUCAUCAGUUGAGUUAGAGUGGCUUGUUAACUUCACUUUGAACAAACUCAAUUCAUUUGGGUGUUACCAAUUGAAGUUUUUUAUAAUUUCCUUUUUUUUCAGUGUGUUCUAUUCUUCCAUCUUAAUAAUAAAAAGAUAGACAUUAAAAAUAUUAGGGGUGGAGAAUCGCUUUAUAAAUGACCCAACACAAAUAUGUAUGUCUAUAAUUGUAAAACUAUGAGCAAGUGAAUGAGUGUUGUCAUGUCGUACCACACUUUUCAUUUUGAAGCUACACUUAGAACCAAGAGGCGAUUUAAAGGGCAAAGCUACCUCCAGUUUGUUUAAAAUAUGGUUUCCUGUCGUUUCCUCCACGCCUCAACUGAACUGACGCCCUGAUAAUUAAUCCAAAAAAUGUCAUUUGAAACCUUUUUUGCAUGUUAACACUUUUCUAUCAUCACCUUGCUCAUGCUUUGUGUCAUGAGAGUGUUGUAAGAGCUAUUUUUCUAAUCUGACGUUGCUCAGCUCUGUCCUGUUUCUCUACUGUCUGUAGAAGAGCCUCAAACCAGACACUGCACUGUCUCACACUGCACAAACCUUCUGCUUCUCUUUGUACCACUGAUUCUAACUUGGUCUUUCUCUUUCUCGCUCAUGUUUUGGAGUCAAUGAUAAUCAUAAAUGGUUUUAUUUAGUAUCCGUCUAAUUUAAUUUGAAAUGAUCUGAAGUAAAAAGGCUCCGUAUAUAUAUGAAGGUUUCCUGUCAUGUCCCAGGAUGAAUAAAUCUUGCUGUUUGUAUCAUCUGGGCGAGUGUUUGUAUAUAAAAAAAAACAGUGUGACACUUUUUUAACCUCUGACCUGCAAAAACUGUGGGACGAGCAUGUGUGUGUGUGUGUGUGUGUGUGUGCUGAGGCUCUGACGCAGCCGACGCUGUCCUCCUCCACCUCCUCUAUCUCCUCCCCCCCGGGUCAGAAGUAAACGACCGUGGAAAGACGUUGUAUGAACUCUUAAUUCUUUUUCUGUCUUUUUUUUGUUCUUUUACUUUUCCACUCUCUCUUUUCUCAAUGUGAUGUGAUUGUUUUAAAGUGAGCAGCAAUAUGAUAUCAAAAAUAAACCAAUUUUUUCCUUUUCUCCUUUAA